AUGUCUUCCGCUACCUCUUUCUAUGACUUUGAGCCCGCUGACAAGAAGGGCACCCCCUUCCCCCUCUCUUCUCUCUCUGGCAAGGUCGUGCUGGUCGUGAACACCGCCUCAAAGUGUGGCUUCACACCGCAGUUCGAAGGCCUGGAGAAGCUCUACAAGGACCUGUCGAAGAAGUACCCAGAGGACUUCACAAUCAUCGGCUUCCCCUGCAACCAGUUCGGCAGCCAAGAUCCUGGCAGCGACGAUGAAAUCCAGUCCUUCUGCCAACUCAACUAUGGCGUCUCCUUCCCCGUGUUGGGAAAGCUCGAUGUGAACGGCGAUAACGCCGCACCUGUGUGGACCUGGAUGAAGGAGCAGCAGCCUGGUAUCAUGGGCCUCAAGCGUGUCAAGUGGAACUUUGAGAAGUUCCUUGUUUCUGCUGAUGGCAAGGUUGUUGGACGUUGGGCUACUACCACUAAGCCUGAGGGUUUGGAGAGCACUAUUGUGCAGGAGCUUGAGAAGGCCAAGAAGGCUGGUACUCUUGCUUCGUUGAAGAAGGGCGAUGCUCCCGCUGCCACCGAAGCUUAG